GUGUUUUAUUUUGUAGGAGUGCUUGCCCAGCUGAUGGUGGAGACGGUUAGGUUAACUUGUUGUUGUCGGGGUUGGGGAACAAAAUGCAGAAUUUGUCAGCAUGAGGGCAGGAGAGCCAGCAGCUGUUGUGGCGCUGUAACCUGCGGGCUUUCUGGACACGGCUGACAGAGGACGGAAGAUGGACCCCGCCUCGGAGCGGCGCUGCUCGGAGCUGGUGGCCCGGGAGAGGAGCGGACACACGGCGGUGGUGGCGGACAGCCUGCUGUACGUGUGGGGAGGCUACAUGUCGAUUGGCGAUGAAGAGGUUUUUAUUCCUGGGGAGGAAAUCUGGGUCUAUGACUUAGAAGGAGGGAUCUGGCAGGUGUUUCGCAUGACGGGGGACGUGCCUCCCUCCAUGUCUGGGACCUGUGGCUGCUCCCUGAAUGGACACCUGUACAUAUUUGGAGGCUGUGAUGACCGGGGACAGACCAAUCAGAUGUUCGCUGUUGACCUGACCGACGGCAAAUACGCGUGGAAGAAGAUCAUACCAGAGAUCGGUUCUGCUCCCACGCCUCGAGACAAGCUGUCCUGCUGGGUUUAUAACGGAAAGCUCAUCUACUUCGGAGGAUAUGGCCAGAAAACUCUGGCUGAGAUUUCCAUCUGGAAAAGGAACUUCAUCCUGGAUGAAUCCUCCUUUGUAAUUUGUUUUGUUGAAGGGAAAUCUGCUCACACGGCCAGAAUUCGGCAUUUCCAGAAAAGGAAACUGAAACUAGGAUCUGUUUGCAGGUGGGGGAUUUGUUUUGGGGAUGGAACAAUGAAGUUCACGUAUUUGACCCUGUUCAGGGCAGCUGGACCGGACCCCGAACCCACGGCUGUGCUCCCGCGCCCAGGGCAGCCCACGCCGGCGCCACGCUGGGAUGCCGAGGAUACGUGUUUGGAGGCAGAGUCACGGAAACCAGGACCAACGACAUUCAUUGCCUGGAUCUUGAAUCCUGGACCUGGACUGAAAUUGGGCAGAUCCUGGCAUACCCUCACAGCUGUGUCAGAGACCAGCCUGUUCCUGUUCGGGGGGCUCAGUGACGACUGCAAACCAAUGAGCGAUGGCUGGCUGUUUGACGUGGAAACAAAGAAGUGGAGAGAGGUCGAACAUCCCUAUAAGGAUAAGCCAAGGUUGUGGCACACGGCGUGCGCCGGCAGAGACUCGGAUGUGAUUGUGUUUGGUGGGAGCUGUGACUACAUCCUGCUUGUUGACACUGGACAUUCCAACGACGCUCUUGUCUUCCAGCUGCAGCCACAUCCUUUGUUCAGGAUUUGCGAGGAUUACAUCGCAAAGAAUGUGAGGAACUUGGAGAGGCUCAGAAAUCAGAUUCCUCGUCUGCCUCCCAAACUGCUGAAGGCUCUGCAGAGGAGGAUGGCUUUCUACAGGCCUUCAAAGAAGCAAAAUAACAGUUAAACGGUGUCCAUAAUGCCAAAAGAGCACUAUAUCCUAUAGGUUUGGGCUAUUUUCAUUUUAAAAGACACACUGUGCUAAUUAUUUUAUGGAGUUUUAUUUGAUUGUUUUAAAAAAAUAUAGGUUUUAUUUUGUACAGUGUUUCUGUCAAAACAAUUAUGUGCUGUUUCUGUAAUGGCUGUUUAUUAAAUAAGCUAUUUAAAAUGA